GAUCUCCGACGGCGCAGCAAACACAUGACGUACGGCGGCGACAUGGAUACCGUCUCUUCACCGUACCAUGCCAUCUUCGACAUACUCUCGAGGACGCCGGUAAAGUCCGUGUGCCGGUUCCGGUGCGUGUCCAAAGGGUGGCGCGACCUCAUCUCCAGCCCCGUCUUCGCUGCCGCGCACAGGUCCCGCCAUGGCCCGCUCCUCGUUGACGCCGGCUCCUUCGAGGAAGAAGAACCCGUGGGAGGCCGUGACAUGAGGCUCAUGGACAUGGACGGCAACGUCGUGAGGGUCAUCAAGGGCGCCGGAGGCUAUGGGAUGAUGUGCAACACGAGCCUCGACGACCUCAUCUGCGUCAACGGCCCUUCUUGCGGCGGCGUCAACGUGGUCAAUCCGGCCACAGGGGAGGUGCUGGUGACCUGCCCACAGGUGGACGUGGUAGACCGUGACGCCUUUCCUUUUGCUGCGAUACGUUACCACACCAUCUUCGGCUUCGGCCAUGCCGUCCCGUCCGGUGAAUACAAGAUGGUGCGUGUCCUCGACGACGACACAUGUGAGAUCCUCACAUUAGGAGACGACGACAGAUGUUGGAGGAAAGCACAUGCACUUCCGGAGGUCCACCCCUGCUCUAGACGAGGCUCUCCGGUCACUAUCGAUGGCAUCAUGUACUUUUUGGUGGAAUGUAACAACCACAGUUUGCUCUGCUUCGAUUUGGAGAGCGAGCAAUGGAAGCCCGACGUUCUCGAAGGACCAUAGAAAUUCGUCGGGGUGGAGACGUGGCGGAAAACAACGGCAAUCCGCAUAACAGAGCUCAACGGUUCAUUGUGCAUGGUUCAACCAGUGUGCGGUGAUAUAUAUGGAUACAACGAUGAUGAACUGGACGAUCCAGUCACCAACAUAUGGAUCCUGGAUAAUUCAGAUAAGAGAACUUGGAUCAAGGCAUACACUUUACCGAUGGCACUGACAGCAUGCCGUUAUAUGCCAUCGAGAGUGAUGCAUGGUGGACAGAAGCUGCUCUUGCACUGCUCACUUGAUGAAGGACGGUCGUUGGUACUUCAGAUCUACGAUCUUCACACAAACGUGUGCAUAGAUAUCGUGGGAGCACCACCCAACCUUGCCGGUAGAAUUGGCCUCUGUAGCUUUCACUUGGACAAUCCAGUGUCCGCCAAG